AUGAAAGCUUUAGAAUUGCUCUCAGUUUCUGGUUGGGAGCUCCACUGUGCUUUGAACACAGAGGUCCGUACGGAAAAGAGGUCUAUUCUUUCGGACUACACGGCCUUUCCUGUAACAAGAGUUCAGCAAGCGACCUUAAUCACAACGGCGGCCGGCACGACGGUUGGAUGGACCUCCCCCACUCUACCGAUACUCCUGGCAAAGGACUCCUCCAUACAGACAUCGCCCGAUCAGAGCUCAUGGAUUGCGUCGUUUAUGAUUCUUUCUUCAGCCAUCAGCCCUAUUCCUGCUUCAUACCUCGCCGACAGAAUAGGCACGAAAAGAACGUUGCUUCUUGCUGCCAUUCCAUAUAUUAUUGGCUGGAUCCUCGUGAUGAUGGCGACUAACGUCCCCACAAUAUAUGCCGCUCGCCUUAUCUCUGGUCUCGGCUACGGCAUCGCCUACACCGCUGCCCCUAUGUAUCUAGGAGAAAUCGCCUCUAAUAAUGUGCGCGGCGCCAUGGCAACACUUAUUACAGUCAUGUCGAAGUUUGGGAUCCUGUCACAGUACUGCAUCGGACCCUAUGUUUCAAUGCUAGGACUGGCGAGCUUCAAUAUAGCGAUACCUAUCCUCUUUGUGGUGACAUUCAGCACCAUGCCGGAGUCGCCGUAUUAUUAUAUCAAAACAGGAGAAACAAAUAAAGCCGCUAAGUCCUUGAAGCAACUUCGAGGAAAGUAUUAUAUUAACGAAGAGUUAGAAAGUAUGUCCCACCUAGUCAAUGAAAAUAUGAAAGACAAAAGUCGUUGGAAGGAUUUAUUUUUAGUUGGAGGAAAUAGAAAAGGACUUAUUAUUUUAUUUGGAAUAUAUUUCACUCAACAAUUUUGUGGCAGUACUGCUAUUAUAUCUUAUGCUCAGCAAAUAUUCGGAGCAGCAGAAGGUGGAUUAGGAGCUAAGGAGUCUUGUAUAUUAUUCGGAACAGUUCAGUUAUUAACGUCGGUGAUAUCUUCACAAUUAGUUGAUAGACUCGGUAGAAAACCACUUCUUUUGGUAUCAUCGUGUGGAGUUGGACUUGCAAAUAUCAUUAUAGGAACAUAUUUCUUUAUGAAAUCUGAGAACAGUGAUAUAGUUCUUUCCCUCAAGUUUAUUCCUAUUGUUGUGAUACCAAUUUUCAUAUUUUCAUACACCAUAGGUUUAGCUACUGUACCUUUUGCUAUAACGUCAGAAAUAUUUCCGACAAAUAUUAAGUCUAAAGCAACCUGUGUUAUUCAAGUAUUCGUAGCUUUAAUGACUUUCGCUGUUACGAAAUUGUAUCAAGUGAUUGCGGAUAGCUUAGGAAAUUAUGUUGCAUUUUGGGGUUUUGGACUGUUAUCAAUAGGAGGUGUUAUCUUCAUACUAGUUUUACUUCCGGAAACAAAAGGUCAAUCAUUUGCUGCUAUACAAGAAAGAUUAUACUCGAAUGAAAAAGUAAAAUACGAAAUACGUGAUGAUCACGUAGCUAGUGCCAGAAUUAUAUGAUAUCAAAGAUAGCCUGUAAAUAUGUUAAGUAUAAAUAUUAUUUUGUACUUAAAUUUAAAGUAUUAUCCGUCCUCGUAUUCGUAAUAACCAUUCCGACAUUAAAACACUAUCGGAUCUGAAAUAACAAUCAUGUUCAAGUUGUUACUUCAUAAUCAUUUCAGUAAAUUUAAGAUACUUAAUUGAAUAAAUAAAUUAUUUUAUGGUCCGAACUACUUCUCAUGUAAGUCCAUCAUGAAACAAUUAUUGCAUGUACAAACUUAAUUUCUUAUUAUUUUAUGUAAUACUAUUUUUUUAUAUUAAAUUUUUAUUUCACAUAAAUACAAAUUUGAUAAUAGCAAUCAUAUAUUUUUGAAACAUUCUUUUAUCUUAGCGCUUAAAGGUGUUGGAUUAAUCUAAUGCUUUGGUUUAUUACAAAUAUACCUACAUAAAUACGAAAUUUUUGCAAAAUAACCCCAGAACACACAUAUGCAUCCAGAUAAAUUAGUGAAUCUCUCACUUAAAACUAAGUACCUAAAGACAAAUAGAUUAUAAUGUACUUAUAAAAUAAAUCUAUUUUUAGUUUACUCCAUUUUUAUAAGUUAAUAAGAAGCAACCAUUAUUUGGUAAAUUGUUAAAUUUAUUUUUUAACUUAUGCUGUAGUUUCGAUUUUACAAAUACUGAAUGUGAUAUUUAUAUACGUUAAAUGUAAUAAGCUUAAAAUUAAGAAAGAUACAAGGUAUAUAACAAUAUAAAAAAUAUACAAUAGAUUGCAUUUUGUUAAUUGUGAUUUAGAAUCAUUCCGAGUGCCUUAAGGUCCAGUGCCAUUAAAUGUUUGGUAUAUUUUU